CAAAAAACCAAAAACCUUCUUUUCCUUUUUCGAUGGUUUGAAAAACCAAAACAAGUCCAAUUUUAUCUCCAAUUCAUCACACAUCGGUUCCUUUAUUCAUUCAAUCUACGCCUUGAGAUUCUGGUGGUCUACUUAUUUCGAAGAACUUAUGGAUGAGCGAUACAUAACACUUUUAACAGACAUGCUAAUAGAUGUAGCAACGGGAAACAGCUUGAGAUGAAACGCACAAUAACAGACGAAGAGCCUGUGUUGGAUCCGGAGUUGGAGAGGCAACUACGAAAAGAGAUCAACGAAAGCAACAUGGCAGGUGAUUCAUUAGCAAUGAGUGGAGUAACCACGCAGAAGGUGAACCUUGGAGCCGGCGCUAUGGUUGUGAUGGGAGCUUCGAUCAUUGGCUUAGUAGGACUACAAUUUCCUUUUUUAUUCAUUAAGAAUGCACCCUUUAUGGCGACACCCGCAGGGAAGGUACAAAAUGCCCUAAAGUUCAUCAUCGAGCACAACAAAAACAAACGUGCAAUGAUAUCGUCCCCGAGAUCAGCUACAAAUCUUUCACAAUCAUCGCCAAGACCACAACAAGAAGCGCACAUUCGCGCAUCUGCAUCCGCCACCCCACCUGUGUUCGUGGAUCUAGGCAGUGGAGACGGACAAGCCGUCUACGAGGCCGCAAAGCUGGGAUACAAAGCUGUUGGAAUCGAAUUCAAUUGGACACUGUGGGCAUUAUCGUCAUUUCGACGCMAAUUCUUUUGGUCCUCGGAGGUAAAGCGGUAAGACUGGGAGGAGGACGAAAAAGACUCAUGUGGAGUGACAGAACUCUCCAAGAAUUUUCCUGGAACUCGAGUGUGGUUUGUGUUUGCAGACCAUUAUUUGUCGGUGCGCCUUUCGUCUUCCACAAAAGAUCAGAACACGAAUGUCACUGCCCAACGUUCUUUUGCCCUUUUUUUUAAAUGUCAUGGAAAUAUUCAUGUUGUAUUCACUUCUGUCGUUUUUAUCCUUCGUGACUCCACCGAUUGACGGAUGGUUCGGAUUUGUCGGUCACCAUUGCUUCGAUUUCAAAAAAAACGGAAUCUCAACCAUAACAAUUCAUGGUAAGGCGUUCCACAUUUUUGCUGCAAGAUUUUGCCAAGUACGAUCUGAAAGACGCCAAUACCAUAAUGAUUUUUGCAGUUCCCAGGACUAUGCCGAUCCUGGGUAAGAAGAUCCAAUCCGAAUGCUCGCCCGGAACAACAAUCAUGGCAUACCGAUUCGAGAUGCCAUUGGCUGCUACCGCAAGCAAAGAUAACGAAGAUGAUGAAGAAACAACGAAAGAAUCCAUUGGUAGGGAUGCCAAAGACCAUGAAGCUAUCGGCGACCUGCGGUUGCAAGCGAAGUGCAUAUAUGAUCAAGAAGAAAUGAGAAUAUACAGCAUGGGAGAGAGGUAAUAAUAGACAUUAGUAGAAGAG